AUGGAGACCAAUUCACCAUCAGAUGCAACCAUCAACCCAACGAAUAUACAUGGUCCAACAAGCCCAGAAAUAGGAUUCGUCUUUUCCCACGCUGGAUUAUCCGCAAACUAUCAAGACGAGCAUGUACCCUUCAGCAGCCCUCCCAAUCUCAGCCCAAGCCUCCCCCAAAGCAACAUCUUCGACCCCGAAUUCUGGCAAGACAACGUCCCCCUGCUCAUCCGGAGCAACGUCGCCGUCCAGUCCGCAAACCUGGCCGUCCUCAUCCUCAUCUUCGCCCAGUCCGCAGCCGGCAUGGGCACCAACCACUACGGCAAAGCCCUCUGGCACUACGGCCGCGCCCUGCGACUCGUCCGAGAGGACACGAGCACAUCAUCUUCCCGGGCGGAGAGCCUCCGGCCCGCCAUCCUCUGCUGCCUGUUCUUCGUCAUCUUCGAGAUCAUGAAUGGGGACACGACAAGCGCGGAGUCUCACCUCUGGAAUGGGGAGAAUAUGCUCUUGGAGCUGCAGCGCUUGGAAGCGAGACAACGCGGGGGCAUUGAGUUGGGCGUGAGUGUGGAUAUGGAUGGUGAUGGUGAUGGUGAUGGCAAUGGGCAGGGGGCCUUGAGGAGAGAAUUGCCGUGUGCGCUGCAGUUUCUGGUUCUGCAGAGUGAUGAGCCGAGUCUCGAUUUCGAGAGGGCUGGGUACUUGGAGGCAUUUCUUCGGAUGGCUACGAGCAAUUUGACGGAGGGAGGGUAUUCAGAUGAGUUGACAGAAGGCGUUGAGAGACUACUAUGA